UCACACGCGCACAGCUCGGCGAUAAGCGGUUCCUGGAAACUUGUAUCGAGCGGAGUCUGUCGUUUCUUCAAAGCAUUCCGAAUUCAAUCCAAUAUUGGAUGAAGAGGAAACGGGACGUGUUUGCAAUGAUUCGACAGCUCGGUAAACCAACAAUGUUUUUAACACUGAGUGCAAAUGAAACUCGCUGGCCACAUCUAUUGAAAAUUUUGUACAAGCUAUCCAGUAGAUACAGUGGCACAGAUUUACACGACGUAAUGCAACAGUUAUCGGCACUACAACGAGCAACACUAGUGAAUGAAGACCCCGUAACAUGUUGUAUCUACUUCAAUAAGAUGGUCAAUGUAAUCAUGCAACUGCUGUCGUCAUCCAAAUACAGUCCUUUUGGAGAAUACAAUGUUAUAGACUAUUUCAAAAGGAUCGAAUUUCAACAUCGUGGUAGCCCUCACGCCCAUAUUUUGCUUUGGCUAAGAAACGACCCUCGUGAAAGCAUUUCCGAGGGAAUGCCGUUGACCAUUCGUUUGAUCGAUCGACUUAGUUCCACAAGCGUUGAAGAUCUGCCAGACUCAUAUGGCAAUCAGGUUCAUAAACAUACGUUCACAUGUUUUAAACGCAAUGAGAAGCAAUGCCGGUUUAAUAUACCUUUUUGGCCAAUGGAUCAAACACGUGUGUUGAUCCCAAUCUCGUCCGAUGAUACUCGCCGUGAUCAACUGAAACGACAUUGUACAAAGCUACGUGAAGCGUUGGAAACCAAAGUUUUCGACACAUUCGCAGAGUUUCUUGCUGACAACAACUGCACGUACGAGUAUUAUCUCGAUGUGAUUCGCUCUUCGCUAAACCGACCUACCGUCAUGCUCAAGCGAUCCAUGACUCAAUCAUGGACAAAUCCAUUUAACUCUUGGAUUGCUAAAACACUGAGUUCGAAUAUGGAUAUUCAAUUCAUUCUAGAGGAGUUCUCGUGUGCGGCUUAUGUCGUUGAAUAUGUUAUAAAUCGAAUAGAGGCAUAAACAGUUUACAUCGAGACCUCAUAAAGCUUCAGUCUAAAUAUCCGGAUGAAGAUUAUACAGGACUUUUGAAGAAGGUGAGCAUCAAAAUGCUAAAUUCGGUGGAGCUGUGCGCACAAGAAGCUGCUUGGUAUUUGCUCCGACAACCGAUGUCGGAAAGUAGUCGCCAGGUCGAAUUUAUACCAACGAUGUGGCCCCAUGAGCGGAUAAAAUCAAGAAAGUGUAACAAGCAAAUGGACGAGGAUGGUAUUGAAAGCGAUUCUACUGAUGUUUGGAAGUUGAAUAUCGUCCAAAAAUAUGAAGCACGAGAAGGAUUACACGACAUAUGUUUGGCCGAUUUUGCAGCCUAUUACAAUAAAGAAAGAGGUGCUGGUAAUUCAUACAAAACACGUAGCUUGCCCCGGGUGUUACGCUGGCGUAACUAUGAUAUGUCGGAGCUUUCUGAAUACAAACGAGAGAUGGUACUUUUGUUCUGGCCCUUCAGAAACGAAGUGUGCGAUAUAUUCGACAGCAACAAGUUCCUUCAGUUAUGCGAGGAAAACGAGGCUGCCAUUCUUGAAAAGCUAAAGGAGUACGAUACUGAAUUGAACCUAGAACGGACCAUUGAAGAGUACCUUCGAAUUAAUGCUGAAAAUGAUGAGCAACAUGACACCGCAACCAGAAAACGUGAUGAAUAUGCUCGAGCCAUCAUAAUGGAACCGAAUGAUGACGAUAUCACGUAUUUGCCAGUCGGACCCAUGGCAGCUGUCGUUGAGCAGAGGACGAAUGUGGUGUCGAAGCAGGAUUACUGU